AUGUGUCGCUCUUUCACCAUCGGACAUACCAACUGCGGCCACAAUGUACACCAUCCUGCUCUCUGCUACUUCGCUCAACCGCGCAGACCAGUCUUACCAUGCCAAGGAUGGAGAGAUACCUACCGCGAAUACUACCAAGCCGAAGAUGGAGACUGCCCAGUGUGUGCAAGGGAGAACACUCGCAGAGUUGUGCGGGAACCCUGGACAAACCGCAACAAUGGUGGGGAUGUGCCCAUUCGUCUAAGAAGAGACAGUCUGCCUCAACGAUAUGUGCCUACGCCUCCUCCUGUAUAUACACCCAGAUACCAGCAUGGAUCGGGAUAUGGUUCGGGAUAUGGAUACGGGGAUGAGGGAAGGAGAGCAGCUGAUCCUGACCCAUCGCAGCGUGAGGUUCGCCGUCGUGUUGCAGAUUGGGCAGAACAUGUCCCCCCUGCUACUCAUGUUUCUGCGCCUGCAAGUUCGAGAAGAGAGGUGAAGCUAUAUAGGCCACGUGAGCACAACCACUCUCACAGAGCCAGAAGUUUGUCUUCACAUCACCCCGCAUCUGCCUCUGGAGCCGAGAGUCAUGUAUCUCACUCCUCCAGACACAGAAGCAAUAUAUACAGCCCACGCUCAGAGAGACAUCCUCGUUCCAGAACCGAGGAUAACAGUCACAGCUCCUACUAUCCCCAUCGUUCGGAACAAGAGCCACGCAGAAGAUCCGGCUACCCACCUCCUCUGCCUCCUGCACCCGACACCAGUCUCGAAAUCUCCCAGACAACGACAUAUAUCGACGAAGAUGGCUCUCAAGUCACCGAGACCAGCACAUGGAUAUCCGUGGAAGAAAACCACCUCGAAUACGCAGAAGAGCAGAGCAGACCAGUGGGAUCAAGCCAUGCUGCAUCAAGUCGCGCUGCAUCAUCACACAGAGAAAGUAACAGUCACAGUGAGGGUGGCCACGGGACAUUUUACAGAUACCCAUAG